AUGUCCACACGUUCCAGCAGGUUUUCCUCUAUGGAGAACGAAGCGACUCGAAUUGAGCAUGACAUAGCUGGGCGAAGCGAAAAGAUCCUUGCUACUCUCCGUGAUCAAAUAUCAAAAGGGGAACCGUUUAGCGGGGACAUAUCGACAGUCGAGAGUCUCAUCAACUUGCUGAGACAUCCUAAUGGCAUCGAUGACCGCAAAAUGCUUCUCGAACACAUACUUGUGUUCCUUUCGAACCAUUCCACGUCAGCAAUAGGAUCAAAGCUUCAGACACUUGUGGUUGAGCUGCUUUAUGAUGACCUUGCGCACCCUCCGGAAACGUAUGUUGGGAAGGAGUAUUCAUACCGGUCGGCAGACGGUUCAAACAACAACAUAUCCGUGCCGGAUUUGGGCAAAGCCGGCACGCCUUACGCGCGUAGUGUCCAGCCGACUCAGCCACUCCCUCGUAACGAGCUACCGGAUGCCGGGCUCAUAUUUGAUACACUUCUCCGUCGCGAAGCAUUCGUGAAGCAUCCUGCGGGUCUCUCCAGCAUGAUGUUCUCCUUUGCUGCCCUUGUCAUCCACAGUGUCUUCCGUACCUCACACGAGAACGUCAGCAUCAAUGAGACAUCGUCUUAUGUCGACCUUGCUCCACUGUACGGGAAUAACCAGGAUACACAGAACAAGGUUCGAAUACGCGAUGGGCGUGGCUUGUUGCACCCCGACACGUUUGCAGAGGAUAGGCUUCUUCUGCUGCCACCAGCAGUAUGCGUGUUACUUGUCCUAUUCAACCGUAACCACAACUACAUUGCCAAGAUGCUUCUAGAGCUGAACGAGCGGGGAACCUACGUCGAUCCAAACUCCAUCCCUCUUGAGAAUUCCGAUCGCGGCAAUAUAAUCCUCAAACAGGAGGAGGAUAUAUUCCAAACUGCUCGCCUUAUCAACUGUGCUUGGUUUGCAUCCGUCGUGUUCUCAGAUUACUUCAGUUCGAUAUUGGGGCUGGUGAGAGAUGGGAACAGCUGGAGUUUGGAUCCUUUCGGGGAAAUCCGAGACGCGGACCAUGUGUUAUUUGAGCGUGGCAGGGGGAACGUGUGCAGUGUUGAGUUUAAUUGCCUGUACCGCUGGCAUGCCACCACCUCCGCUCAAGAUGAGAAGUGGGUUGAAGCGCUAUUCAGUAAGAUGUUCCCGGACAAGACUUGGGACCAACUCAGCAUUCAGGAAUUCAAGGAGAAAGCGAAACAAUUGCAAGCUACUGAGCCUGAUCUUGAAAGCUGGACCAUUGGAACGCUAACUCGUCAGGCAGACAACACUUUCAAAGACGAGGAUCUGGCUGCUGUCAUUCAGGAUGCUACAUCCCAUCCUGCGGCUGCAUUCAAAGCCCGUGGCACGCCACACGUUAUGCGCCUACACGAAAUCAUGGGUAUUGAAUCGAACAGGCAAUGGGGCUGCUGCUCGCUCAAUAACUUCCGGAAGUUCUUGGGCUUGAAGACGUAUUCCAGCUUCCUUGAGUGGAAUCCCGACCCGGAGGUUGCGGCCGCAGCGGAGAAAUUGUAUGGACACAUUGAUCGAUUGGAACUCUAUGUUGGCUUGCAAGCGGAAGCUGCCAAGCCGGUGGUCGAUGGUGCUGGUCUUUGCCCUGGAUAUACUAUCAGUCGCGCUAUCCUCAGCGACGCCAUUGCACUCACACGCGGAGAUCGAUUUUUCACUGCCGAUUACACUCCUUUCAACAUGACAUCUUGGGGCUUUGCUGACUGUCAGCGGGACCCGAACGCGCCUGGCUAUGGCAGCAUGCUCGGCAAGCUCUUCCUGCGAACGCUUCCCAACCAGUUCUCGAGCAACAGUUCUUACACCUGGUUCCCGCUCAUGACGCCGGUGGCCAUGAACACCAUUCUGACAAAGCUGGAUGAUAUUAAGACGUAUGACUUGUCACGACCCAAACCCACACUACCAAUUUCCGAGGUUAAGAACUACCGGGAGGUCGCCCAGAUACUCGGAGAUGAGACGCAGUUUGGCGACAGGUAUGCGAGCCGCGGCGCGAAGGUGAUCAGUGGACAAGGCUUCUAUAUCGCUUCCGACAGCCCCGCACGGGCGGGUAGAGAACAGCGAGCCAUGAUUGGCGUCCUCUCCAAAUCGGCAGAUGAGAUGGCGGAGUUUUUCUAUCAGAAGACGCGCGAUCUUAUGUUGUUGAACGCAUACGCUUCAGUUGGAUCGCAGACGAAGAAUGUUGACAUCGUGCGCGACGUACUGAAAUACGUUCCUAUUUAUUGGGCAAGCGAAUUUGCGGGCAUCUGCCUAAAGAACAGUCCCACGUCUAAAGGAGAUUACACACCGCAGGAACUGUUUGACGUGCUGUCCGACAUCUACUCAUUCCUGUUCCUCGAUGUCGAGGCAGCGCAGCUCUUGAAGCUGGAGCAGAAAGUUAGAGGGGAUAUUGACAAGCUACUGCGGCUCAUCAAGGUGUCCAUUGGCGGUUCCUCGCGCUUAUCCAUCGUUGGCUUCGUGGAAUCCAUCACUGAGAUUUUUCUCGGGUCCAAGAAGACUGAGAGGGCUGAACUGCUGGAGCGUCUUCAGAGCCUCGGUUAUGACCGAGAUACCCAGGCAAACAGCGUCUUGGCGGUGCUCAUUGGUUCUACGGUAGAAAUGUCCCAAGCUAUUGUCAAUGUAGUAAACUUCUACCUCGAUGAGAAUAAGCCGAAAGACGUGCAGUUCCUUGUAUCUAAGGCCAAACUGGACGCGAAAGACGAGAGCAUGCUGCAAGGCUUUGUCAGGGAGGCUCUGCGCCUCGACCCUCCCUUCCGCGGAACAUAUCGUCAAACCAUUCGCACAGCCGUGCUCGGUACUCAGUCCUUGAAAACUGGGGAAACCGUUUUCGCUAACAUUGCUAACGCUGAUCUCGACGCGCAUGUGUUUGUCGAUCCGACGGAAGUAGAUCCGACCAGGACACCUGUGCAGAGAUACCUAGUUGGGGAUGGCUCAGCGAGGUGCCUGGGUGAGGAUUUAUCCUCGAGAGUCAUUGGACAGGUUGUUCGAGCGGUUUUCGGGCAGAAAAACAUUCGCCGAGCACCAGGUCAAUCUGGCGUGCUUAAGCGAUACAAGACGGACGUAUACAAGACGAGCGCGUUCUCGUAUCUCUCACCCACAACUCAGCACUUGGUUCCCUGGGCCACAUCGAUGGUUGUGCAGUUCGAGUAA